AAAAAAAAAAAUUUAAAAAAAUUAAAUAAAAAUAAAACAUAAAAUAUAAUAUAAUUUAUAAAAAGCAGUCUGCCUAUUUUUGCAUUCGCUCAUAAAACGCAAGGGAAAAAAUGUGAAUAAAAUAUAUAUAUAUGUAUAUUAAUCGCAUAACUUGCUACCGCGCGGAGGUCGCGGCAAAGGUCAAAAAUUACAAAUAUUAAGUGUUCAUGUAUCGCAUUAUAACAAAGAAAUUCCCUUUGUGGCAACAAAAUGUUGCAAGGUGUGUGGCAUUGUGAAAAUAUAUAGAGUAUUGUAUUUGAGCUGAAAUACUUAAAUGAAAUUUUGGUGAAAAGCUAAUAAAUUAAUAUAAAAAUUAAAUUGUAGUUGCUUUGGUGUGCCGUCUUGGCUUGCUUACAAAGACGCGCUUCCCUGGAAAGCCGCUAUUAGACACCACGCACAUUGCAGGUGCUACCAUUUACUCGUACGUCAGAAAGGUGGAAAUUUAAAAAACAAAAGCUGACUCUUAGUGACUUCACUGCCAAACGCGAAAAAUAAAUUGCGCGCAGACGGAGAGCAACGGAAAACUGGCAACAGAGUACCACCAGAUGUCAACAUUAUCAUCAGCUGUCGUAGAGCGGGCAAUAACAAACGCAUACGUGUAGUGGUGGCAAAGUCACUGUGCCGAAGAGCGAAUGUUGAAACGAAAAUGUUAGCGUCAGACGCCGCCGCCGCCGCCGCCGUCACUUCAGCAGUAGUCAGUGCGCGACCGUUGAAGCGUUUGGUAGUGUUUGUGGCCUGUUGAGAGCGUGAGUACGCAGGUAGAAAUUUGUGAAAUUUCGGACAGGCAUUUUGUGUUUUAAGAAUAUUUCCACUCACAUACAGAAUAAUAAUAAUGAUUUCGUAUUCAAGUUAAGCGGAAAGAGACUAAGAAAAUACUUGUAUAAUAAUUUUAUGAUAAUUUUUAUUACUAUUUCGCCUCAGUAUACUUCUAUUAAAGAAAGUGCAAAAUUGAAUCAAAUACUAUGGCGUGUGUGUCCUCGUCGCGUACCGCAUGUCCUGUGUGUAUCUUGUGCUGCCUGAAUGUCAUAUGGCAGGUCUAGCGUGUAAGUGCAGAUUUUAAUUUUAUUUAAUGCCGUCUCGGGCAGAACAACACAUUCAUGCCACAUGCUACCAAAAAACAAGAGUGUUGUAAAAUUUUAUGUUUGCACGCGCGUUGGUAUAAUCUGGUGAGCGUCGUCAUUAAAGAGCGUUUUCGGUGACGAAACGAGUGCACUAGAAGAAGGCUAAAUGCUAGAUCGGGGUUUGAGAGAAUUAUAAAAGUGAAAAAUUGAAAAAAAAUGGAAAUCGUUUUGCCAAUUGGCAUUUUUUCUUAAGUCGUCUACAAAAAUCGUUUUUACUCUGCGCUGUGUGUCCUACAAGCAUUAGCGCGGGCGCCUAAGUGAAAUUUGCCGCGCACUUAACGAUGAAAGUGUAUAUGUUCAUGAGCUUGCCGCCAAAUUGAUUUAAACUGCCACUUAUGUUUAUAGAAGAGGCAGAAAGUGUAAAAUAAAAACUAGAAAAGAAAAAAAAAAUUUGAAAAAAUUUUAAAUGGAUUAGCGCGCCAAGCGAAAUUGCUGUAAACAACUGAAAAGGUAAAAAAAAAUUACAAAUAUCAACAACUUAUAAUUCCACCCUUCAUUGCGUCUCUCCGAAUAACGGUAAUUGAGAAUAUUUUCGCGGAAAUUGCAUGCCGUGCAACAUUUACCACCGAUGCCCAUUAAAAGCUGCCCACUUCCCAUUCCACAAGCUGUACGUGUGUUUGCAAAAAUAUUUGUAUGUGGCGUUUAGCAGCCAAAUAACGCCUGUUGGCGGUUAAUAGUGCAACAAAGCGCCAAUAGAGUGAAAGAAUAAAUUUGAAGUUUGAAAAAUAAACAACAACCAAAAAAAAGAAAAAUUUUGUAUAAAAUUAAAUAAAGUGUUAUAGAAAGCGAUAUAAUCGCAUGAGAGCUACAAGCCGCGCCACGUUGCGCUGCUGGUCAAAAAUAUCCGAAAUUCAAGUGCAACUCAUUUGCUUGCUUGUGUAUGCAAUCCGAAUACAAUUACGCCCAAACGACCAACCGACCCGUCGUCAACAACAAUUACGCGCGCGUAAAUUAGUCCCGUUUCGGCAUUUUGUAGCGCGUUAAUUGCCGCAUACACGCUAAAUUUGCACUUCAACAACUCGCGCGUACUGCGCAAAAUUCUCGCCGUAAAAGUCGACGCACCACAACGCCCCAAGGCACCUGUACGAGUGCCGUAAGUUGUUGCGAUAGUGUACGCAGAAACCCACCACCACCCGCCGCCGGUUAGACGGCAUCAUAUUCAGAAUGGCCGUCAGUAAUAUCGUCUGCGAGUGGCUACGUGCCCUUGGUCUGGCACAAUAUGCAGAAAGUUUUCUUGAUAAUGGUUAUGAUGAUUUGGAGAUUUGCAAACAAGUCGGUGAUCCCGAUUUGGAUGCCAUUGGUGUUGAGAAUCCCGUACAUCGACAUAAGUUACUGAAGAGCAUACGACAGUUGCGUGAGAAAGGUGCCGCUUCCGUUUAUUUCCUCUUGAACGAUCCGAACUCGUUAUCGGGCAGCAUGGAGAUUUUGUGUGAAACACCGCCGAACGAGUUAGAUAUUGUUCUUCGCGAGCAGUUGGAAACCGAUGGAAUUCGUUUGACGGCGCAUCCAUAUUCGACACCGGUAAGUCUACUUGUUUACACAUUUUAUGCGAAAUUAUGCCAUCAACCGAAGGGUAAGCGUAUGUAG